CGCUAGCACCAGUAGACGGAUGCACCGCCGACGAUAGGAAAUAAUAGCAGCGCCGUUCCUCAAAGAAUGUGAUAUUCCUGCCCCUCUGUCGCCCCUUAAACGAUAAACAUAAUAGUCAAGUGCUGCUGCGUCUGCCGAGAGCCAUCCUAACCCCGUCAAACCGAGCCAAGAUGUCGUCCCGGCCAGAGUUGAAGGUCGACGACGAGCAUGGCUUCAUUCGUUUCUUCAAAUCCCUUCCCGCCGUCGGCGACGAGACCAUCCGCAUAUUCGAUCGUGGCGACUGGUACACCGCUCACGGCCAGAAUGCCAACUUCAUCGCCAAAACCGUCUACAAAACCACUUCUGUGGUGCGCCAGCUUGGCCGGAACGACGCCAGCGGCCUGGCCUCCGUCACCAUGACCGUCACCGUCUUUCGUCAAUUCCUGCGAGAAGCCCUCUUUAAGCUCGGGAAGCGCAUCGAGGUAUACGAGAACUCCGGCAGCCGUAUGAACUGGAAGGUCGUCAAGCAGGCCUCCCCUGGGAACCUGCAAGAUGUCGAGGACGAGCUGGGCGGUCAGGUCGAUGCCGCCCCCAUGAUAUUGGCCGUCAAAAUCUCCGCCAAGGCUUCCGAGGCCAGGAACGUGGGCGUGUGCUUCGCGGAUGCUAGCGUUCGGGAGCUCGGCGUCAGCGAGUUCCUCGACAACGACUUGUACUCCAAUUUCGAGGCUCUUCUUAUCCAGCUCGGCAUCAAGGAAUGCCUCAUACAGAUCGACAAGGCCGAGAAGGACAAGGACCCCGAGCUCGCCAAGCUGAGACAGAUUAUCGACAACUGCGGCGUCGCCAUAGCCGAGAGACCAGCCGGCGACUUCGGAACCAAAGACAUCGAGCAGGAUCUCGCUCGGCUGCUCAAGGACGAGCGCUCCGCAACGCUGCUCCCGCAGACAGACCUGAAGCUGGCGAUGGGCUCUGCGGCAGCGUUAAUCAAGUACUUAACCGUCCUCCAGGAUCCCUCCAACUUUGGACAGUACCAACUCUAUCAACACGACCUGUCCCAGUUCAUGAAGUUAGACGCCGCCGCACUCAAAGCCCUCAAUUUAAUGCCCGGGGCGAGAGACGGGUCCAAAACCAUGAGUCUAUUCGGACUGUUGAACCAUUGCAAGACGCCAGUCGGGAGUCGGCUACUUUCUCAAUGGCUGAAGCAACCACUCAUGAACAAGGAGGAAAUCGAGAAACGCCAGCAGCUGGUCGAAGCUUUCGUCAAUGAUACCGAACUGCGCCAGACGAUGCAGGAGGUGCACUUGAAGGCGGUCCCGGAUCUUUAUCGUUUAGCGAAGCGAUUCCAGCGAAAUAAAGCGAACCUGGAGGAUGUCGUCAGGGCAUAUCAGGUCGUCAUUCGCCUGCCGGGAUUCCUGGGAACCCUGGAAGCUGUCAUGGACGAGAAGUAUAAGGACCCCCUGGAUGAGGCCUACACCAACAAGUUGAGGAGUCUCUCCGAUAGUCUCGGGAAGCUCGCGGACAUGGUCGAGACGACGGUAGACCUCGACGCCCUCGACAACCACGAGUACAUCAUCAAGCCCGAAUUCGACGACAGCUUGCGCAUCGUACGGAGAAAACUGGACAAGCUCAGAUCUAAUAUGGCCAAGGAGUUGCAAAAGGCCGCGGACGAUCUAAAUCAAGAAGAAAACAAAAAGAUCUUCCUCGAGAACCACAAGGUCCACGGCUGGUGCAUGCGCUUGACGAGAACCGAGGCCUCUUGCAUCCGAAAUAAUUCGGCAUAUCAGGAGUGCUCAACCCAAAAGAAUGGCGUGUACUUUACCACGAAGUUGCUGCAAUCCUACCGCCGGGAAUUCGAUCAGCUGUCUCAAACUUAUAACAGAACCCAGAGCAGCCUGGUCGGCGAGGUGGUAAGCGUCGCCGCCUCAUACUGCCCCGUGCUCGAACAGCUCGCUGGCGUCCUGGCGCACCUCGACGUCAUCGUAUCGUUCGCCCACUGCUCGGUCCACGCGCCCACCUCCUACGUCCGCCCUACCAUCCACCCCCGAGGCGAGGGCUCAACCGUGCUAAAGGAGGCCCGCCACCCAUGUCUGGAGAUGCAGGACGACAUCCAGUUCAUCACAAACGACGUCGAGCUGCGGCGUGACGAUUCAUAUUUCUUGAUCAUCACCGGGCCGAACAUGGGCGGCAAGUCGACGUACAUCCGGCAGAUUGGUGUGAUUGCGCUGAUGGCGCAGGUGGGCUGCUUUGUGCCAUGCACGGAGGCAGAGCUGACCAUCUUCGAUGCGAUCCUGGCGCGCGUCGGCGCGAGCGACUCCCAGCUCAAGGGCGUGUCGACCUUCAUGGCGGAGAUGCUCGAGACGGCCAACAUCCUCAAGUCGGCGACAGCCGAGUCGCUCAUCAUCAUCGACGAGCUCGGCCGCGGCACGUCGACAUACGACGGCUUCGGCCUCGCCUGGGCCAUCUCCGAGCACAUCGUGACCGAGAUCGGGUGCGCCGCCAUGUUCGCCACCCAUUUCCACGAGCUGACCGCUCUCGCCGACCAGCACAAGCAGGUGCGCAACCUGCACGUCACGGCGCACAUCUCCGGCACCGGCAACGGCGGCAGCAGUGCUGCCGUCGCCGACAAGCGCGAGGUGACGCUGCUGUACAAGGUCGAGCCGGGCAUCUGCGACCAAUCGUUCGGGAUCCACGUAGCGGAGCUGGUGCGAUUCCCGGACAAGGUGGUGCGCAUGGCGCGGCGCAAGGCGGGCGAGCUCGAGGACUUCACGGCGAAGCACGAGGGCGGCGCCGGCAGCGAUAAAGCCCCAGUUCUGCAGGGAUACAGCAAAGAGGAGGUCGAGGAGGGCAGCGCCCGGCUCAAGGAAGUACUGGCGCGCUGGAAGGACGAGGUCGCAGGCGACAUGACGAAGGAACAGAAGGUGGCACGCCUCCGGGAGCUGGUCAAGGCCGACGAGAAGCUCCUCGCAAACCCAUUCUUCGCCGCCGUGAAGGCCCUGUGAGGUUAAAGAUAUAGAGACAUAUGCGGCCACUGAGAGCAGGGCGAGGCUGUCGAGGGGGGAGGAUAAGUUGUCAAGGUACAGGUUUAUUAGGUACUCGACAGGAGGGAGGAGGACGCGGAUGGACUACCCGACUUCAUACUCUUAUACGACGUACAAUGUCUCGGGGUAAGGAAGGUAACGCAUGCUG